AUGGUUGAAGGUUGGCUGAAAAAUUUGAGGGCUAACUGGGCGGAAGCAGAUUUAAUAGAACUAAUUAUUCAAGGAAUAAGAGAACGUGAUGUUCAAACUACCGCCAACAAUCUCAAUUUGAAGAAAAUUCCUGAUCUGCUAGUUUACCUUGGUACAUUGAUGAAACCUUCCGCGCAGGUAGAUAAACGAAGUACUUCAGAAUCUAUAACUUCAGUAAGGACUGUUGAUGAACCACCCAGAAAACUUGAAGCUGUAUCUUUAUAUACAGCCUCAACGCCUGGUGCGAUAGAGAAUAUCACUUCUAGGAGCAAUAAUCUCAAGAGAAGAGCAGCAAAUGUUGAAGUAGAAUGUCGGAGGAAAAUUUCAGAUGCAUCUUCUGACAGUUCUGAUAGCUCAAGUUCUGAGAGUUCUACAUCAGAAAAUGAAAGUGAAAAUUCACCGAAUGAUCAAGUUGUGUUACAUGAACAUGAUGACGAUCUGGAGGCUAGGAAUCGUUGUCCAGAACAAAGAGGACAAUUCACAAUUGCCACAGCCAAAAUGAAUGAAUUGGAGACGGAUCUGAUUUGUCUAGCUUGGAGGGAUAAAAAGGUACACACUUUCAUUGGAACCUGUGGUACUAGCCUAGAGGGUACUCCCGCGAAAAAAAAGAGAACUGAUGCUACUGGAGAAACCACGAUUAAAGAAGUACCACGGACGCAGCUCGUACAGGAGUAUUUUGAUGGUGCUCCUGCCAUAGAUAUACACAACCACAUUCGACAAAGCGGUUUGGCAUUGGAAGAUGUAUGGAAUACCCAACGAUGGGAACACAGAAUGUUUUCUAGCAUAUUUGGCAUUAUAGAAACAAAUGCUUUUUUAUCGUAUAAAUAUUUCAAAGGUGAUCAAUCCAUCAAACAUUCAGAUUUCACAGAAGCAUUAGCGCUGCAACUAAUAAAUAACCCUCGGAGACCACAAAGGGAGAAUGUAGGCGGAGAGAAAGAAAAUGCCGUCAGACCACAGAACCAAAAUGAAGCGGUUCCUAGACCUCUGCCAGAGUCCAACAACUCCUUCGCCGAUGCAACAAUGUUGCACAAUAUUAAUGAAUCCCUAGAUUUUUCCACUGCUCUUAAAGCGAACAACAUCACCAGCACCCCCAACCCCCUUCCCACACCCUCCUCCAAAAACACCAACAACACAACAACCCCCAAACCACAAUCACCUCACAUCCCCACAAACCUCCAACCUAAGAUCCCUCCCAAUUAA